AUGAAACUGUCUUCUCUCGCUGUAUUUUUCGCUUCAGCUGAAUUAGUGACCAGUAAAGGUCCUCUACGUACCUUUGAAGAAAAUAUGGAAAAAGCAGAUGACAAUUUAUUAAAAGACAAUAACUUCACGUUCGUGCCACCAAUACCCGUGCUGAAAACAAUUGCAAAUGAAUACCGGCAAAAUCACAGGCUUAGUGAAGAUAUCUUCACAGAAAUUCGAAUUUUGAAACGUGCACUAGCAGUAGCUGAUAUUUCUUCAAAUGAUUUUAGUGGCUAUAUUCGUACAACUGGAGAAGACCCAUUCACCGUUCAUUUGAUGUGUGAAGCACAAAUUCUUCGUUAUAUAAAUUAUUGUCGAUCAGUUUCAUAUUCAUUUCUUCAUUUGGAUGCCACCGGAAGUGUUAUUCGGAAGAUAACCGAGCAAAAAUCGGCUUUCUUUUACAGUUGCAUCUAUAAAGACGACGAUGAUCCAAGUUGUCUGUUACCGUUGGCCAGUGCACUUUUGUGCGAUAACACUGUCACUGGUAUUCACCAUUUCUUAUUGAAUAUUCGAAAACAUAUUGUUAUUAUUAAACGUGUAUUUGUACGACCAUCUUUUAUAAUCGUUGAUUUUAGUCACGCGUUAAUUAAUGCAGUAUUAUCUUCUUUCAACAAUAUGGAUAUAAAUACGUAUCUUCAAAUAUGCUUCAACAUCUUGCAAUGUAAAUAUACUAGAAAGAAACUUAAAGCACUAACAAUUAUUCGAAUGUGUUGCGCACAUGCUAUACAUGCUUUUGCUCGAAAUUUGGCAAAAUUUCAAAUUCCAGAAAAACGUCGACAUCCACCAAUAAAACUUUUUGCUCUUCUUCUGAAUACAAAUGAAAGUGAACAAAUUUUUGAAUUGUUUGCAAAGAUAUGUGCUAUAUUUGGUGAUCCACAGAAUUGUAAUGCUGAAGCUGAUUUGGAUCCAAUUCUCUGUGUAAAAGAGUUAUUAAAAUUUGAUUUAGAAAAAUAUUUAUGUGAAGAUGAAGAAGGCGAUGUUCUACAGGAAUCGCAGGUGAAAGGAUAUCAAGUUGAAGAUUUAACAAUCUCUACAUCAGCGAUCAUCCACCAGUCACCUUUUAAUAUUGAAAUGCGUAAACGUACGAAUAUAUUAGAACAUCUCCUUGAAAAAAAUAAAACGAAACAAAAUCAGAAACAAAAACCAACAAAUCCGCUCUAUUCUCCUAAAAUUUUAUUAUUGUUCUAUAAGUGGUUCGCCUAUGUACCGCUAUGGAGUUGUGUCUUUCUCGAAUUUAAAGAACGUUACGCCAGUGAUAGAAAUGAUAGUUCUCCUGGUAAACGAACUCUUGGAGGUGGUCGUGUCUCCAACGCACCUAUCGAAAGCUAUUUUGAAAUUAUAAAAGAAAGUGUCCUUCAAAAGAAAACACGUAAGUCUCUGUAUUUGAGACCUGGCGAUUUCAUCACAAAACUCUAUACUAGCGUAAUGGCACGUCUAAAAGCUGGUAAAUACAAUGUUCAACAACAGAGUACACGGAAAAAAGGAAGGAAAAGAGUAACGGAUGUGUUGCUUUCGGAGAAGUGGGGUGAAAGUAAUAAACGAAAGAAUCGUGGUCGAUAUUUUGCAAAACAUAAUCAAAAUUCAUAUGUAAAUAAAAGGUAUGUACUUCUGCAUAUUUGUCGCCAGUUCGUGUAGGCUAUUUUU